AUGGACGUGGAGGACCUGGAGGCGCUCCCUGUCAGCUCUGGGGGACAUGUUCUCAGCUGCGAGGAGAUAACCUGCCUCCAGGCAGGUUUGACCUUGCUCAAGGCAACUGAGAAGAACCCGGUGAUUAAGUUCUGGGGCAAGAUCCUGGGCAAGGAGCGGGACUACUACAUCGCGUGUGCCAUUCGGGAUAUCAAGCCUACAUACCCAAACAAGCGCUUCUUCUAUGCUGGUGAGGACUUCACCUUCAAAGCGCUUCCGGACUUGACCGAAGAGGUUGGUGAAGCCGUGUCCAUGCUCCAGCUGACCACCCCGCUGACCGGCAAUCCCGAUGCACUGCUGGAAUCCAUGGCAGGUGCCGAGCCAAAGGCUGGGCCCACACUCAUCGAGCUGGACAGGCUCGCACUGCUAGUCCAGGAGAUCGACUUUGACACAGCGGCUGUUCCCAAAGGCGCCUACUCUCUGAACGAGGGGCAGGUGGUGGUUCCCAACAGCGCCUUCCGAGGCCUGGAGCCCGCCAAGGCGACGUCGCUGCAGAACUAUGUCCACUUCAGACCUCCGGCGAGCGUCGUGAGCCUAAAGGCACAAGCCUGCAAUGAUUUGGAGUUCCAGUCCAACUUCCUGGAUUUGCUCUCCGAUGACUUGCCCAAGGGGUGCUGGGCUGUGCGGCAGGAGCCAGAAAAAAGUUCUUUGGUCACCUUACGCUCACUGAUGUGGCCAGGCUAUUCAGCGUUUCACGUGCCUGGCACUGGCAAGUUUGGGAGCGUGUACUUCGGCUAUGCUUCCAAGAUAAAUGACUUGGCCUUCCUUCUUUAA